AAACCUUACAUAACUUCAAAAUUCGUGUUUUCAACUAAGCUUUUGAGAUCACCCCAAACGAAUACGUCGAAACGAGCGUCCCCAGCCGCACCUUUUCUGUGACUUUUUGACUUUGGCACAUUUUUUCAGGAAUCCCGAGAGGAUCAUCAUGGCUGAUGAGUUUGACGUCGAGGCCAUGCUGGAGGCUCCAUACAGAAAGGAUGAGAUCAAGCCCUCUCAUGCAAAUGGCCAUGACGACCAGAACAAGAAGAAAAGAAGAAGUCGAAGCAAGAGCCGUAGCCCAGGCUCUAGGAAAAGAAGAAGCAGAAGCAAAGACAAGAAGAAGGGUAAGAAGAGGAGCCGGAGCCGCGAGAAAAAGCGCAGCCGCAGCAGAGAGCGCCAUCGAAGUCGGUCCCGUAGCAAGGAACGUUCUGGGCGAUACAGAGCACGCAAGAGCCCCAUUCGCAAACGUUCUAAAAGUCGGAGCCCCUUUAAAAAAGAGAAGAGCCCCAUCAGGCAACCAAUUGACAAUCUAACACCAGAAGAGAGAGAUGCCCGCACAGUCUUCUGCAUGCAGCUUGCUGCAAGAAUCAGAGCUCGGGAUCUGGAAGAUUUCUUCUCAGCUGUUGGAAAAGUCAGAGAUGUGAGAAUGAUCUCAGACAGAAACUCCAGGAGAUCUAAGGGUAUUGCCUACAUAGAGUUUGUGGAGUCUUCUUCAGUUCCCCUGGCGAUUGGACUUACUGGCCAGAGGCUGUUGGGGGUUCCCAUCAUCGUCCAGGCCUCUCAGGCAGAGAAAAAUAGGGCUGCGGCUGCUGCCAAUAAUCUGCAGAAGGGCAGUUCCGGUCCAAUGCGGCUGUAUGUGGGCUCACUGCACUUCAACAUCACUGAAGAAAUGCUUAGAGGGAUUUUUGAGCCUUUUGGAAAGAUCGAGGGAAUCCAACUGAUGAUGGACAGUGAAACUGGACGAUCCAAAGGAUAUGGCUUCAUAUCGUUUGCAGAUGCUGAAUGUGCCAAAAAGGCUUUGGAGCAGUUGAAUGGCUUUGAGCUGGCUGGACGUCCUAUGAAGGUGGGACAUGUUACAGAGCGCUCUGACUCUUCAACUGCCAGCUCAUUCUUGGACAACGAUGAGUUAGAGAGGACCGGUAUUGACCUUGGCACCACUGGGCGUCUACAGCUUAUGGCUCGACUUGCAGAAGGAACAGGUCUGAAGAUCCCCCCUGCUGCUCAGCAGGCCCUACAGAUGACUGGGUCCAUUCCCUUUGGAGGAAUUGGUGCUCCAGCAGCCGUUCCAGCUCCAGCUCCAAACCAGGCGCUGAACCUCCCAUCACAGCCCCUGGCCACACACUGCCUUCAGCUGUCCAACCUGUUCAACCCACAGGCAGAGAAUGAUCCCAACUGGGCCACUGAGAUCCAAGAUGAUGUGAUUGAGGAGUGCAACAAACAUGGAGGAGUUGUUCACAUUUACGUUGACAAGAACUCUGCUCAAGGUAAUGUGUAUGUGAAGUGCCCCUCAAUACCAGCAGCAAUGGCGACUGUAAAUGCACUUCAUGGACGCUGGUUUGCAGGCAAAAUGAUAACCGCCGCCUAUGUUCCUUUGCCCACCUACCACAACCUUUUUCCUGAUUCAGUGACUGCAAAACAGCUUCUAAUGCCCACACGUCGAUAGUCUGAGACACAUUCUAAAUGUCUGUAAAUAUAUUUCUUUGCAUCCUUGGAAUUGUCAUUGGAACAGAAGUGAAAUUAGUUGGCUGUCUGUAAUAAGUUGGCCCAAUUCACCAUUGAUAAUUGGGUUUUCCCUUUCAGUUGCUUUUCAAAUUUUGUGGGUUUGUGUUGUAAAAGUACCACUGAGAAGUAAUCUUCAGGUAUCGUAUGUUUUUAAAUAUUAUCGUCUUAUCUGCUUGUUUAAAUCUGUUUUAGAUUUGAAUAAAUAGCAAAGAGUUACAAAACUGUGUUGGAUUAGUAGGCCUAACGACACAAGUAUCAGUGUCAACAGUAAUCCUUUGUAACUUUUUACAGCCAUAAUUUCAUUUUUUGUAUGAAGGCUCCAAAUAAACUUUAGCAAAUUUGACAAUUCA